AUGGCUGUGAAUGGGCAGCCACUGUUGGAGAAUAUUUUCCUGGCCCGUCCCUCCAGUCCGCCUUGCCAUCAGACGGAUGUGAAUCAGAACGGAAAGUCGCUAGAUCUCGGCAGGAAGUCGUUGUCGCGCUUCGACAUGAUCCUCCUCAAGACCAUGAAGUCCACCAUCGAGUUGUCCUCGCUGAGUUCGGACACGUUGAUCAACUCGAAGACCUCGAGUUCGAGUAAUUCUUGUCUGUCGCUGGUCUCCGAGGAGUCCGGAUCGAGUGAUUUCCAGCUCGCUGACAAUGAUAAAACGUUUAGAGUGGUGGUUGAUCCGGACGACGAGGAGCUUUUAGACCAGCCGAACACGCUAAGUAAUUCUGAGUAGGUCAGGGGAUCCGUUUUUGUGCGUUCUUAUGACAUUCCGAAGUCCACUCGAAUCUUUUCAGAAGCUGUCGCUCCUCACAGUCGCCGGGCCCGCGUCUGGUCCGCGGAAUGAACGCGGUCACGUUGGACAGGCGAAUCAGCAAGGUAAGGGGCGAACCAGGUUUGAGGGGAUUAGCCGAAUUUAGUCCAUUAGAGUUGCUUUCCUAUCCCCACUUUGCAGAAGACACCUUUCAAGUCGCCGGCGUUGAGUGAACGCAACUUCCGAAGUCCGGAUUGUAUGGGAUCGGAAGCGCCCAAGAAGAAUAAGAUCCUCCGACGGCAUUCCAAUCACCAGACCCGGGUUUCAGUGACCGGCGGCGCUUCAGCAGGUAAGCAGUAAAGAGAAGUCAACUCCAUUCCUUGAUUGUGUGCGAAAGCCAUUUUUUCUCUCGAAUUCGAUUCUUUCCGCGGGGGAGAAAGAACAGAAGUUGGGAUUUCGAGCUAAUAGGCGAUGAAACCGAUCAGAGGAAGCGGGUAGUAGCGCAAUCUCCCAUCACUGGCUUGCCUUAUUGCAAAAAUAGACAGUCCAUCCCACUCGCUUUCUGAUUCUCCGCAAACAGACCAUGUGCGGCCGCUGAGGCAACGCGAGAGUCAGAGAUGGAGUCCGCUGCUGUGGACGGCUGGGGCCGUCGUUGGGGCUCGACACGAUCCACGCCGGGCCGCGUCAAGCGCCUGAUCCGCCAUCGCCACCAUGGCUUCGACACGGUCCCCGCGCUGCUCGACAUUUACGGCCUCAUUCCACGUGGGUAUUGUUCGAGUUUCUAUUCCGUCGGGACUUGUUAAGUUGAGGCCACGAAACCUCCACAGGUAGUUGCGCCCCGAUAGCGUGAGAACCGGCAAGUGCCCGAGAAACCACUGACAUUAGGGAGUUAUUAGGAAGGUGUUGGGCCGCUGUUUUCAAGAAUCCCUUUCCAGAUUCCGAUUCUCAUGUUAUGCGAGAGCUGCUGGUCCGCCAGGAUAAUGGGCUCGAGAUGGCGUUCGAGCGAUGCAAGGCCUGGUCCAAGUACGCCACCCAUCUCCUGCAAUUCGUCCGAUCUCGCCUCGUCAUGGAGCACGAGCAUGCACGGAAUGUGGCCAAAUUGGCUGAGCAAACAAAGAAUAUGCUGUACGCGGACGCGAAUAACAACCCGUUGCCGUUGGUCCGGGUCUUUGACGACUUGAUGGAGAGUCAGAUCGACAUGACGUCAAGGACAGAACAUCUGGUCAAUGUUCUGAACCAGCGGUUCAUUGCGGUAAUUUGACCGUUUGAUUGCGUAACAGAGAUUUUAGACUCUCGAGAACCGCCAAAAAGAUCACGAUCAUAAAAGACGGAAGCUCAAGAACGAAUGGACCAAACAGAAAAAGCAAUUGGUAGGGAUUUAAAUAGGGUAGCAGAUGGCCAUGACUAUUACAACAUCUUCAAACUAAACAUCCUGUACACGGACAUUCAUUUCAUUUUUUGGGAGAUCCUGUUAUACACACUUCUUAACAACAACAUUUCAGGAGCAAUGCGAAGAUGAGUUGCGUCGAGCUCGCCAGAAUCUGAAUCUGAAAGAAGGUGGCUACAUGAAGGCUCGAGACCACAUGAUCCGCCAAGUCCAAUCGGUGCCCAGUCGACCAGUGAUCGAUGUUAAUCGACAGAAGAAGGAAAUCGAGAAACGGCGACGGAACGAGGAAACCGCCUUGAAUCGGGUAAGUGGGGGGCUGUUAUUUAUUUGGUCAUCUCUUAAUUAAAUCACUAUUAUUUAAUUUUCCAGAAAACCGAGGCGGAAAACGAGGUCUGGAAGUUGGAGAGGGAGCAGGAAGAGCGGAGACGAGCCGUUCAAGAGUUGAGGGUAAGUACCAAUCAUAAAUUUAUAUUCCUCGAGAGGGGAUAAUCUGCUGAGCAAAUGAGAGGGGACAGGGUCUAAUAAAUAUCAUACCCGACCCUCUUCGUCCCCACUCAGCCACACUGAAUGAUGCCAUUGCUUGUAUUUGUUUGUGGCCGUACACGUGCCCAUAAAGGCGCGCGGUAAUGACAUUCUUUUCCGACCUUUAUGGGCGCCCGACUUGGCCGCGCAUGUUCCUAUCAUAACAUAUAGAAUUCUCGCGGGAAUUUACUCUCGGGUCAGUUCUAUUGCUUAUUUCAUGCACUGUUUCACACCAAUCGGCAAGGCCUUUAAUUGCGUGUAGAGGGCUAAUUUGUGGCCCCAAACCGUAUUUAUUCUUUCUCCCCAUGCCCUCUGGCUCUUUUUCUGGCAGCUUUUACGUGCUGGAGGAACGGCGGACGACCAAAAAGAAUAACGUUCCCUUGGAACUUUUCCGUUUUGGUGGGGUUUUAUAACAAGGAAUUUAAUUAUUCAUGCAUUCGUUCUGAAUGAAUUGCGACAAAACAAACAAGGGGUUUAUCCGCCGUACCACUUUUACCCUCUGAAUUAUGGAGAUUGCCUGUCAUGUACUCCAUUCUCUUUACAUUAAGGAAUUUGGGGGACGGAAACGUCAUGUCAUCGUGGACAGAUAAUUUGGCCACAUAUGGCGCAGUUAAGUUUGACAGCAUGACCGUGCGCUACCGUCUUUUUUUGGCGGGUAAUGCCCUUCGGCGUCGGUUGCCGCACACUCCCUCCGUCCAUCUCUACGGCCUUCUCAUCAUGUUCGGCUUGGGCUUGUUGUUAAUCUUCUUUUUUCGCCUCUUCCCCUGCUUCUUUAUUCUUGGUGGUCUCCUUUUUCGUCUUGACGUUCUCCUAUUUCCAGGACGCUGUUUUUUAUAUUCUGCAUAUUCUUUCUUUUUCUUGAGGCGGCGCUGCCAAUUUUACGAACGCUUCGCGCCUCUCCGGAACACGAAGAGAGGGCCGAUGAAGACGACUGGAAAGCAUGCUAAGCAGUAAAAACUAACCCUUGGGAUGACAGAUAGAGCGCUUGGGUAACAGAGUUCUACCAUCGCCCCAUAAGUGUUUCAUGCCGGCUGGUUGAUCGGGGCGGCCCCGAGCCACCAGCUUUCGGCCGCGCCCGCUCUUCUGAUAAAGAGGCGUCUUUCCGGUGUACUUCCUGUUCAACAAAGAGGAAUUCGGUGGCGGUGUGACCUCUUUUAACACGUCCUUCUCGCCCCUAUUCUGAGCUUCAUCUCCGGCCCAUCAUGACUUUUUGAGGUCUUCCUCUUCAACUUAGCAGCCGUCGUGCGAAAUUCAAUUUUCUGACCACCGCCAAACUUGGUCUCUUCUGUUCCGGGCGGGCGGCUCUUCUUAUAUAGUUUAGCCGAAAACCUUCCACUUGUUCGCCGGGAAGGAAUGUGCCAUUGGAUGGGCAUUCUGAUGCCACUUACCUUGCCAUUAUUUUUUUUGACCCCAUUGUCUCAGGACAGCCGUUGGGAUGACGUUUUAUAUGAUUUUAUAAAGCCUCUAAAAUAUGGACCAAUUCCAUAGACACCGUGGAGAUUCUUUCAUUCCACUUUCCGCAGUUUAUUCUUAUAUUAUUAUACUCUUUCCAGUUGAUAACAAUCGACGAACUCUGCGACUUGAUACGGCAUUGUGACUUGACCACCACUGCCUGUGCUUCCCAUUACGUCAAGGUGAGUGUGUAUUGUGUGAAAUCACGUAAGAAUCCAUCUUCUUUAAGGCCUUUGCUGAUCUCUGGACGCUCUUGCCGCAGGAGUACAAUCGUUUGGCUCAUGCCAUUCGAGAGAACUCGCCCGGUAGCGAGUACAUGUCCUUCUUGCAAAGCUUGCCGGGCCGUUCGAUCUCUUCAGCGUCGCUUUUACGGGGCUCCACAUCAACUGCGGGUGAGAAGGCGGAUGAGGACUUUGGGAACAGUUCUCUGUCAAUGGCCACAAGUUCCGGCGAAUCGGCUCCAACGACGGCUCGACGACGCAAUGCCCUUAAUGCCGACGAACAUAUCGAUUACAUCGCGGAGACUUCGCAUCGCCGACAAAAGAAAAGUAUGAGUAAGUUUAUGCUGUAUAGGUGGCUUCUCUUUGGCAUUUGUACAAUAGUUAGCAUUAAGAACUGUUUUUGAAUGUUUUUUUAUACAACUCCUUUUUUUCAGCCCGUAUUUUCGACCAAUCCCUGACUAAUGUUGAUCAAUCCGAAGCUGCCAAAUCACAUCAACUUCAGCGAACACGGCAGGUCACACGCUGUGCUCACUGUGAACAUCUCGUCAUCUUCGACGCCGUCAAAUGCACGAUAUGCGGCAUCGUAUGGCACAAGAAAUGUCUGCCCUUGUUGAGCGUGGUCUGCGGCCCAACGGCCCAUCGGCUGACGGCCGAAACAGCGGGCAGUCGACGGAUGAGCAUCUUUGGAGUGCCAUUGAUCGGCCACUUACAGGCCCAGCGCCGUCAAGUGCCCAUAAUUCUGGAGAAGUGCAUCGAUGAACUCCAGAAACGAGGCAUGAAUUGUAAAGUAAGUAGGGCUUGGUGACCGUAGGCCCGGAAGAUUGAUGUCAAUCCGACAGGCCGUAAGAGCCCAUUUUUUACCUAAAAGUGGAAAACCCGUAAUCCCAUUUGAUGUGUCUCAAACGAUAUUCCGAAGUCCACGAUCCGUCUUUCAGGGAUUAUAUCGGACAUGCGGCGUCAAAAGCAAGAUCGAGCAAAUUUGUGUGCAAUUCGAGCAGGCCGGGGAAGAAGGGAACGUCGAUCUCAGCGAGGUCCAUCCCAUGAAUCUCGCGUCCGUUGUCAAAUUGUACCUCAGGAAACUGCCCGAACCUCUGAUGACAUAUGAAUUGUAUAGAGAAUGGCUGGAGGUAGAUACGGUAAGACGCAUAAAGAGUAAUGUGACGGGACAAACAUGUUCAGAAUGACAUCACAGAAUCCAAAGAAAGCCUCAAAAGUUUAUGCGAACGCUUGCCGCAGCAGAACCACGACACAUUCAAGUUCCUCCUGAUGCACUUGAGGCGCGUCUCGUGGUUCGAGCUGGAGAAUCUUAUGACCCCGGCCAACUUGGCAGCCGUCAUUUCCCCGUCUCUAAUCUGGAACAAAUCCUCGAAUACGGGUCCCUCAACUCCAACCUCCUUUUCCUCUUCGUCGACGGGAACCGGCGCCCAGACAAGUGUCAUCAAUGAUGCCCAUCAGCAGACCAAAGUCGUCGAACUUCUCAUCCAAUAUGUAUACGUAAGUUGAUUAGAUUCAAUGAUUGCAUGACAGAAUGCAACUUUUUCCACUCCAAAUUAUGACGUUUCAGGACAUUUUCGAUGAGGAUAUGACUGCGGACUGGAAGAAGUUCUUCGAAAUCUAUCCGGAUGUGGAAGAACCCAAGCAGGCGGAUCCCGAGACCGAAGCCAAACUCUCCAAAGAAACCAAACCCGAGUUUAAUUUGGACGAUGAAGAUGACAUGAAUGAGUAUGACAUAGAUGACGAGGUCCAAGGCUCCGUCCAAGAGUUGUCCCUGCCCGAAAGCAGUUAUCCCGUACCCAGGGGCAAUUAUGGUGGUAAGAGGGGACCUGGAUAGCCGCAAUUUGUUUCUUUUGCAGCAAAUCUUCCACCGGGCCGACAACUGGCCAACACCUCGGCGGGGGACAAGUAUAAACUUGGGAAACAGCGGAGUUUCACCACGUCCAUCCUUGUGUCCCCACAAUCGGACAGGAAGGUCAUCUUGACUAACAAGCAUUCGUAUAACGACCGGAAGUUCUCGGAGGACCAGACCCAGAAGACACUCAAGUCCGGAGAAGUGGUAGUGGAGAUUAGAAAGGUGGGUGAACAGCAUUAAAUUAAACGUACAUGUUGAUUACAGAAAUGAUAAAUUUAUUUUGUUUAGAACCAGUAUUGUAUGCCCGAAUACAAUCCCAAACUCUCGACGGACUCGAGUAACAGCCGUACCAGUGGUUCCAGCCAUCUGAAUCGCAACUUCGGUGGCUCUACUCUGGCCAUUUCCAAUGAUUUUCCCCAUGUGGAUGAGGACGUGGACGAAGAUUCUUCAGGGAGACAGCGCUCGUCGACGGGCCGACGGACUUCAAAUCAGAAAAACGACGAUGAACGGGUGUGUUUGCAGAACGUUGGCGUUAUUUUCACCGGGAACGAUGUAAGCUACGUUUGA